ACUGUCCAGAGGAGGACAACAAAGUCACAAUGCAUGCAGAAUGAAAGAGUUUUUGCACCUCUGACCUUCACAAUUUUCUGUUCAGUCGGCCUGCACUUUCACCUGACCUAAGAUAUAGCAGUAUAUCUUUUUAAUUGACAGCAUUUAAAGUGUGGUUUUUCUCUGUAUUAUGGUGCAUUUCGAGUUCCUAGUCAGAAGUUUCAACUGGAAUACCACUUCAGGUCGGAUUUAUAACUUAUAACUUCACAAACUGACAUAUGAUUCCAAGAUGGCUGCCUCUCGUGUCAAUAGUAAGCAACAGUAAUUUGUUUCUUUCAAGUCAGUAGUACACAUAAAUUGUGUUUCCAUUAGAGUAGAAUGGUUCAGUUUGAUACAGUAUGGUAUGUAUUUCUUUGCAUUUCCAUUAGCACUAGAAGCAAAAUAAUCAGCCCCUCCUCUUCCAUUUUUUGGCCCCCCUUCCUUGAGUAAAAUGGUACAGUACGGUCCCUUUUACCCUUAGCACCUAAUCUUCAUCACUCUUCUGUUACUGAUAUGCCCCUGCCGAUAAACCUAUAAAAUAUCUUUACAAUAAAUAAACAGAACCACCAAACAUUUGAACCCCCCUCCCCCCCUUUCCUAUCCGGCCACUUGGUCUCUCCCGGAACGUUUAUCAAGGUGCCCGUGCGCCCGAGGGAAUCUUUUGGCCGCGGACCCUGGAGCAGACACAGGACCGGACAGGCUUCAAAGGAGAGAAUGUCAGACCUGGAGAGCGGCAUGGUCACUAUCAUCCGGAUUUUCCACAAAUACUCUGGACACAAGUGCAAGUUGAAGAAAGCCGAACUUAAGGAACUUAUCAACCAUGAGAUGAAUCAUUUCAUAAUGAAAAUCCAAGAGAAUGACACUCUGGAUGAGCUCUUUGCUGACCUCGAUCAGAAUGGAGACCUGGAGAUUGACUUCAAAGAGUUCAUCACCCUCAUCUCCAUGGUUACCUCAGCAUGCCACGAACUCUUCAUCCCAACUCAUUAAAAUGAAGUCGUUUACCCUGUGCACCAGUAACUCAUUAAAAAGAACAAACACAGGGA